UCUACGUUCGAACGUAUUUUGCAAAAUUAAUUUUUAGUUUUGCAUCAAUAUUAACUUAUUCUUAUAUAAUUAGUGUCUUAGUUUUAAUGUUAUAGGGUCGCUAAGGAAUAUGGAGUGAUAUAUAAAUAGCAUUACAUGCACUGUGUUGUGAAUUUGGAAAGAUACAAAGAUUUUUAUUGAAGAUGGUGUCAACUUUGAGUCGUCAAGAAAAAUUCAAUCAAGCGAGAAGAAAUUUCUGUUUUUACUUGGAUAUUCAAGACCAGGGACUAUGUAGAUCCAUAUCAAGAAGACUUCAAGACAUGGGUUUACAACAAGAGGUGUGCCUGAGCGGGCGCGUGACGCACGUGGUGCGCGACAGCGACAGCGCCGGCGCCGCGGCCGCGCCCGCGCCAUGGCGCCGUGACUCCGCCCGCACGCGCGCCGAUGCCAUGCUCGACCGCGUCCGCCGCGCGCCCACCCCACACAAUUACGUGCUGCUCUCUGUUGAGAAGGCUAUAGCUCUAUUGGAUAAACUGUAUGACACGUUCUUCGCGGCCCCGCGUAAGUCGAAUGUCAGGCUCUUCACAAAACAUUAUAUCAAGAUUGAAUUUUUGGACAAACAAUGCAGGCCUCUGUAUAAGGAGUUUGAUGCGUGGCCUGAGAUCUCAUUAGAACCUAAUCCGGAGAGGAAAGAGAAAAAGGAACCCAUUGUUAACCAAGGAGUUGCGGUCAAUAAUAAUUACCAAAAUACUAUCGGGCAGAAUAAAGAAAUGACGCGGAAGAACAACCGUCCGCGGAUAAAAGAGAAAGAGGACGCGGAGCCGCUGGGCGGGUACUGCGAGGCGUGCGGCGCCAUGUUCGCCGACCUCGCCGCGCACGCGCGCUCCCCGCGCCACGCCGCCUUCGCGCGCGACACCAGCAACUUCCUCGCGCUCGACAACCUCAUCGGCGCCUCCUUCCUGCCCGUCAACGGCGAGCGCCGCUCCCUGCGCAACGUGUGCAACGGCGACCUCGACCGCAAGCUCAACGGCGCCCUCGACGACGAGCCCCGCCGCACCCGCUGCCGCAAGCCGGAGGACGACCGCCAGUAUUACAAGGUCGUCGGCGUCAGCACCAAGCUCCGCUCCAGUGGCGGCUUCGUCGCCAAACGGAAGGACUCCUCCCCUACCUGCAACGGCGCUAAACCUCUCGUAGUCAAAUUCAGAAAAGUGAGACGCUCCGAGCUGUCCGUCCUCAGCGACGAGGCGGAGCAGUUCAUGUUCCCGAAACGCGCGAGCUCCACCAGCUCGACGUCCUCCGAUGACGACGAUGAUGAUGACGAAGUAAAAAAGGAAUCCCCGCGGCGGAAGACGCCGCCGCAGCCCGCGCCGGCGCUAGAGCGGCGGCGGCAGGCGCGCCCCACCGCACUUAAAGAGGAGUCGUCUGAAGAAGAUAGUUGGCUCGACGACAAGCGGCGGCGGAAACGACGAGUGGUCCCCGUUGUUCGGAGAACGCGUCGCGCGCCAUGUAAACCUCCCACGCCCGAGCCCGAACCGCCCCCUGAAAUAGAACUAGCCGUGCAACCCGAACCGGUCCCGGAGCCCGAGCCCGAAAUAAGCCCGCUCCGGGAGGAACCGGUCGAGAAAUGUAUGAAAUGGGAGGACGGCCGCCUCAAGUACACGCCGGCCGUGGAGCAGCUGGAGUUCGCAUUCGAGAGCGUGCCGCGGAGCGAGCCCUGGUUCGAGACCUUCAUGCGGCAGGACCACGACCAGGUCUCGGUCAAGAACGUGCCGCGGUGUUUCGCGUUAUAUUCGAAGUCGCCAAAGUUGCCGUACGAGAUCGGGCAGCUGCCGCCGCUGAAGCCGAACUGCUGCCCGCUCAGCGACCUGCCCGUGCCGAGGCCGGUCGCGCGCGAGCCGCGCUCCGAGCGCUACGGCACGCGCGGGCUCAAGUCGAGGAAACUGCACAAGCGCCUCGCCGCCGUCGCCGCGCAGGACUCGCGCCCGCGCAAGUCGCCGCGCGAGCACGCCUCCACGCUCGCCAUGCUCGGCUCCGCGCUGCGCCGCGCCGACGACAACAAGUCCACCGCCUCCGAGGACACCGGCAGCGACGCGCUCAGCCUCAAGCCCGAGCCCUCCGAGGCGCGCGCGGCCGACGAGCGGCUGCGCGAGUUCCUCUCGGGCGUGUUCGACGACGCCGCCGAGUACGAGCUCGACCACGUCGACGGCGGCGCGCUCCCCGUCGCCGCCGCGCCGCUCGACGUGCUCGGCCUCGUGUCCGAGUGCGACGCCUGCGACAUCAUCCGCAACGAGAUCGCCGAGGUCGCCGAGCGCCGCCGCGCCCGACGCCGCGGACGGUUCAAAAAGAAAAACAGGACCGGCUGGCCAAACAAGAAGAAGCCCAAGAAGGGCUCGCGCACCGACAGCUCCGAGAAGACCGAGAGCAGCCUCGACCGGUCCUCGGUCGCGUCGGGAGACACGGCCGGCGACACCUGCGACGAGGACGAGCCCGAGGCGGAGUCGGCGCCGCCGAAGGUCAAGUCGGAGGACGAGCGCGACGCGACCGACCGACGACAAGCCGCUGCGGCUCGACGUGAAGGUGCUGCUCGAGGACAAGAAGAAGGCGGAGAAGGUGACGAAGAGAGGGUCGGCGCGCUCCUCCGUGUCCGAGGAGGCGUCGGAGGAGCGGGGCAGGAAGAAGAAGCGCGCGCUCAGCAACCUGGCCGGCUGGCUGCAGCCCGUGGUGCGCGUGGCGCGCGUGGACGCCGCCGCGCGCCGCCUGCGCUCCGCCGCCAAGCCGCGCUCCGCACGCCUCAGGUAGCGCGCGCGAGAACACGCCGAGCCCACCCGAGUGAUGCCGACCGUACCCGAUCUACGCACGAGGUGUGCUCCUCCUAUUACUACUGACGUCGACGAUUCCAGUGGAAUCUAAAUUUAUUUUUGAGAGUUAUGAAUGUGACAAAUGUGCCGAUUGAUAGUGACAAUUUCUACGGGACGAACUGAGGAUCCCCGAUUAUUUUGAGUUAUCUAGCAUAAUAUCGCUUUCGUGGUGUUAUCUUCCUGCAUAUCAGUUAUUUUCUUCUUUAGUCCAUAGUUUAGUUUAAUUGCUGUUUUUCUUUGUUUAGUUGAUUUACUUGGUCAUUCAAUUGACAUUUUUAUGUUCUCUCCGUAUGGAGGAUGAUAACAUUACGUAGAGGGUGACAGAUGCAGCGUUUCGCCAUAGUGGUCGAUUCGACGUAUUCGUCUCGUAACUCUCAUACGCUGCGAGUUGAACUUUGUUCUCAAAAACAUGCCGUUGAAAGAAAUAAUGCUUAAGUUUAUCAGAACUAUGUUUUUGAGGCUGGACAUAGGGUAUAGUUGUAUGAGUAUUGUAAAUAGACUAAUUUAACAGAGUGUCCGUGUGUGUGUAUCUGAGAGAGCUUAGUCUGUAUAUAACUGUUGCGCGAAUGCGAACUGUUUCUUUUCCUUUUUUAUUUAUAAAAACAAAUGAAAGUUAUCUCGUGUAAUUUCAUCAUUUAAAGUUGUAUAAAAUAUUAUGAUUCUCAA